AGUGCUGCUUCGCGGAGUUUCUUCUUUUCUUCUUGUUGUAUCGUUGAAAUGUUACUCAAAGUUUCACAGUAGCCGAAGUUCUUAAAGGUUGUGGAAAGUUUUUCUUUUGCGCCGCUUCGGGCUACGGAUCCCGGCGUGGUCAAAGUAAGCAACCAGAGAGUCAGUCAGCAGCAAACCCGCCCAGUGUGUGAGGUUUCUGUCCAGCGGACACUGGCUGUGUGUUAGACACACGAAUAACAACUGCUCGUGGAAAGGAAUCAAACGCGCAGGAAGCCCAAUGUCACCGCUACACUUUUCUGACCUCACUGGAGCUGGUCUCACUGAAGGUUAGGGACUGACAAGAUGCGUUCCAGUGUGGAUGGACCAGUAAGCCCCCUUGGCAGAGAAGGCACGGGCAACAACAACAACAAUAACAAUAACAACAACAACACCACCACCAAUGAAAACAGUGGAAACUCAGGUUCCCAGUACGCACUAUGUGCUCUGGGCGUUGGGCUUGUUGCCCUUGGUAUUGUGAUGAUUGUGUGGAGCGUGGUACCUGCAGACGCGGCCAGUAACAACAGCAGCAGCAGUUCGGGAGGAGGUGGAAAUACAAGUGGCAGGAAACAUAAAGCGUCUUCCGUGGCCUUUGUCCUGGUGGGGUCCGGGGUGGUCAUGCUGCUGCUGUCUUUGUGUCUGGGAAUGAGGAACAAACAGCGGGAGCAGCAGAGGCUUCAGGAGGCCCACAACCGUGGAGGAGCGGCAGCAAGGGAGCAGGAGGAAAGACAAACUGCUGAGGAACAAGCCCACCGUUACGCUGUACCCAGCUAUGAAGAGGCAGUAGGCAGUGGCCAGUACCCUGUCCGUCAGAGCAACCUUCGCCCCAGCACCUCUCAGCUACCGUCCUACGAUGACCUUGUCCAAGUUGAUGGGGUGCAGUAUGAAUCCGAGGGGUCGGAGGUCACAACUACCGGAUCACAGACUGCUCCGGCUCCAACUGCUCCCUCUGCUGUUGCUUCCACAUCAAAUCGUAGACCCGUGAAAAAUGGCCGCAAGCUCCUCCCUAUCAAGAUCCGCAGGAUUAAAUCAGAGAAGAUGCACAUGAAAAACAUUGAUAACUCUCUUCCAGCUACUGGAUUCAGUAUAGAGCCACUUACCCCACCGCCGCAGUACGAGGAUAAAAUGCCGCCGCUUUAAGAUCAAGAUGAUCGUGUUUCAAACAAUCUACUGAAAUUCCUGGAAUCCUCCGUGAUCACCGUUUGUGGAUCUGGAUCUGUGUUUUUAUACCGAGACUUGAAGAUGGCACUUCAUGCAAAAGAAAUACGCUGUGGCACUUUUUACAAGAAUAUUGUACAGUAUUAGUUGUAAUACAUAACUCAUGCCACAUCACUCCAAAGCAUUGAACAGAGAAAUCAACAUGGUUUUCAAAUUCUGGAUCCCUGAAACCGAUACAGUCAGAUAGUCAUGGGCAUAGUUGCCGGGAACCCUCCUCACUGUGACAGAUUUAAAAAGCACACACCAAAUGCACUUCACCCUGAUGUCAAAGUCCUUUUCUGUUCAUGCAUUAUCUUUAUGUGUUACACUGUGCACCGACUGUACAGGCGAGGUGACGGUGAGAGAGAUCGUACAACAUCAUUGAGCGGCUAUAUGUGCACACUUCAAUAGAUCAUUUAUUGAAGUGGCUGCUGUUUUGGACAGGGUUUCACCCGUGGAGGGUUUGGAUUACUACUGCCAGCGGUUUACUAAAUGUAGGCUCCGUGGUGAGUGACUGAGCAUCGUAUGGACUCAGCUGACACGACCUGAUGUGGCAUCCUACACAAAAACUCCCUCAUUGUCAACAAUAGGGUCUCUCCUGGUCCUCUAGAGCUAUGCGGAAAAUGAGAGAUGCGUUUGUAGUGCUGACCGGUGUUGGAGAGAGUCUACUGUGUUUUGUAUUCGCUUCUGUUGCAUUGUCUUGUUUUUGGUUCUGGGGUUUUUCUUUAUCUGCCGCCUAGAAACGCUGAAACAUGGCACUGGGGUUUGCUUUACAUAUUCUAAGAGGGGAUAUCUAUUGGACAGCAGACUUCUACUUAUGAUCAAGAAUAAACAAAGCUUUGUUAGCAUUUGUCAGCUACAGCUCCCAUGACUCUUAGCCAUAGGCACUCUCCCAAAACCUAGUCGGAAUUGUAGUUGUUGAAUACUAUCAAAAUGUCACUUAUUUGUUCUUACUUAGAACAUCAAGGCACUCAAACGUUACUGUAUAGUAAAGUAUAUUUGAAGAGAAAACCCAAGUGUUAUGUUUCUCAUAAGACAAAACCCUGUACAGGACAUGGUAUGGUGAAAUGGACUGGAGGCUAGCUUGAAAUUGGGGUGGGAUUUCAGCUGUUUACGAUUUUACGGUUGUGGAUAUUUCUUUACUGAGCAGGACGUGGUCCAACAUCCCUAAAUGGCUGCAUUUUAGUGUGUUGUUUCAUUGAAUACGCCAUGGUAUCAUUACUUCCUUAUAGCUGUAUGGAGGAACUCUGACCUAUUAUGGGCACACAGAUGCUAAAGCGAAGUUGUGUGUCUAUUAUAACGGGUCAAUAAUAGUCCAAAUAUUGCUUGCUUUUUGGAAACAGCCGUGGCUUCCGCUUACUAUUGACCCGUGUGUUUUGCCUGUGUGCCGAUUGUUGCUACACAGGCAACAUGUAGUCUACAUGCAUAUCUCAUAAGACUCCUCCAUACAGUCAACACGUGCCAAAACAUAAACGAUGAACUUCAGAGCUGGUUGUAACGUCUAACCAAACCGCCAUUCAAAAGUGUAAACCGGUUGGAUGUCGGUUAGGGAGAGGAAAAAGCUCUGUGGUGGAUUUAAUUGCCAAAUUGCAUAUUUACACUUGCUGGUGCAGCACCAAUGGUCACCAUUGGGCUACUUUGUUAAGAGAACUUGCUUUCUAGGAAGUUGACUGUUCCAAUUUCAUGGAAUAUUUCAACUUUGCUAACGGACUGCAGCAGCAAGGCGAGUUUGCCCUCCAGCUGUACAAUUAAGUGCCUUAACAACACUGCCGCUCUUCAAAAGACAUUGUGCGACUGAACCUGAGCUCUAAUGUUGCUCUUCCGAUGCAGUGUUGCGUUUACUGUCGCAAACGGCGAGCGGAGAAUGAAGUGAGCGAGAGCAUAAUGGAGGGAGCUUGUGAAUAGUUGAAAGGCGUGAAGAAGACUUAGCUGUGAAGGCAGUAGUGUUGUCUCUGCUUCUCUGGGCUCGAGAUGACCAACAGAAAGACUCUUUGACGGCGCAGCUGCGCCACAACAACGGCAACUGUUGCUCACUCGAUUGCUCAUCACCAUUCCGACAACCACAGCUUGACUCACAGCCCUGUUUUGACUUAGAAGUAUGAGGAGAAUCGGCCGAACAGAGAAGAAAGACAGCUGUUCAGGGAACUCUGGUAUGAACUCCAGCGCCACGCACUGUUUUAAAAGCUCUCUCGUCUUCUUCCCGUUGGACUUGUUUUCACAUGAACUGCUGAAGCCAAAUACAAGGAUUUACCAGUCAUUCUGUUAAACCUUACAAAUGGUAUGAAGUUGCACGACAACGCUUUUUUCCGCAUUUGUUUUGUGGCACUUUUUAAUUAGUGAUGUCAUCACCCACUUCCACACUGUGUUUUGGUAAAACUCAUUGUAGUUAAUGCAAAGGAAGCAACUCUGUCAUUGUCAGCUGGUCAUAUUCUCUAUUCACUGUUAAGCAAAAGGCAACCAGGUCGUUGAGUCACUUCAGGGUUGUCAUUGAAAUUCAACAUUUCAAAGUCUCUCUUCCUCUUGCCAAACGUAUUAAUUCUUUAUUUUUUUGUCAUGUACAGUUUGUUGUACCUCAUUUGCAAAGGACCAGUUAACUACGUGAUUGAUUUUAUUACUUUGUAGUCCAAAUGUUUUACAAUUAUGAAAUUUAGUGUUUUGAUUUAGCAGUCACUUUCUGUUUUACUUCGAUGAGUGUCUGAAAUACCUGCCGUUUGUUCAUUUAUUAUUGCUCUUUUUUUUUUUUACUACUUCAGUCUGUAUUUCUUGUACUGUGAAAAUGUCCUUUUCUAUGAUCAUUCUAAUUUGUUUGAGGGAAAUUUGUUCUUUUCUCAGAAGAGUAAAAACCCAUUCAUGUCAUGAAUAUUUAUGAGAAAUUAAAGUAAGUAUUUGUUAACUA